AUGGAGGAUCUUGCAGGUCUAGUCGAGGCAACAGGAUCAAGAUUCACUUCAUUAGAGCUUAUUGGGCAGGGAUCAUUUGGCGAUGUAUAUAAAGGGUUUGACAGGGAGCUCAACAAAGAAGUUGCCAUCAAAGUGAUUGAUUUGGAAGAAUCAGAGGAUGACAUUGACGACAUUCAGAAGGAAGUUUCUGUUCUGUCACAAUGUCGUUGUCCAUACAUUACCGAGUAUUAUGGUUCUUUUCUCAACCAAACUAAACUAUGGAUAAUAAUGGAGUAUAUGGCUGGCGGCUCUGUUGCUGAUCUAGUAGGUUACUUCUCUUUAUUUCUUCUAUAUGUUCAGUGCAUAAAAUUUGAAGUUGAUGUUUGA